CCACAACACUUAAACACCGGGCUGAAGGCUACUCCAUGAUGGGCAGCCUAUGUCAUCACCAAGCCAGCAUCUAACUGUUAACUCCUUGUUGGGGACAUUGUCUCUGUCCUUCAACCAGCAUCAAUGUGUGUGACUCCCAAGUGGUCUCUCCAGUGUGUACAAGCAUUGGAGCAGAAAACAAGGUGACAAGAUGGAGAAGGGUCAGUCCACUCCUAAAAGAAGCACACUAUAAUGAAUACACAGGUGUUUGUGUACAACUUGUUGAAUUUUUCACUCACAUCUACUUUAGUCUCUUGAUGGGUAGCAAAGACAUAAGCCUUUAACUGACUGAGCCAAGGCUUAGGCCCUGAAUAGUUACAUGUAGUCUGGGCGUCAUCAUCAAGUUCAAGGUUAAAAUAUGGACAGCUUUCAGUAAACUCUCACCAGAGGUCAUUUCUGGCUGGAGAGAUUUUUUAUAGAGUAAAAGUGAAGACUGUGUGUGGAAGUUUGCCAGAGGCAAGCUUUGGAUUUCUUUUAUAGAGCAAGGGACAACACUCUCAAUACCUUUUGAUAUCAUUCCAACACCUAUAGCUGUGGUGAGACUAUUUCGAGGUCUUAGGAAUGUAUUUCUUAUCAAUCGGUAAUCAUGCAUCACAUGCCCUCAGAUAUGUACACAAAAUGAAGUUUGAGGAGAAAGAGAAAGGAUCAAGAUGAUUUACAAGACACUAAAGAAGUUAUCUAUCAACUAUACUCAAUGUAUGGACGACUUGCAGCCAGACUAGAAUUAUAGAGUAAGAUGUUUUUCUGCUGGCUAAACAUGUAUGGAUUGUUUUGAGUUUUGCAAGUGCUGCUGUUGUCUAGGCAAUUCUGGCCAGUAGUUCAGGUUUGGUUCCUUCAUCUGAGACAAAAACUCCAAGUGUUCUUUAUUGCUAGUUCUUGUGAUUGGGAUCAAGUCACACAAGGUCUGGUCAAACUGGGAUUUAAAUUGAUUGAUUCUUUUGGCCCUAAACCUGUGUUUGGAGUACUACCAGACAAUGAUUUAAAGCAAGACUUUAUCUCCAUCACAACAGGCCUGCCAGCUGGGUCAAAGACUUUUAUUGAAAACAUUUAAGGUUCAUCAUGUCUUUAGAGAUGAUAUUCUCAACACUCUUUUUGGUGAACUUAUGAAACCAACAUCACCAGUCACACAAUAUCUUGAGUCAGACAUAGUCACAUCAUCACCACAACUUCUUCUUGAAUCUACCAACAAAGUUUGCAUUUUGUUUGAGAAGCUAGAUAAAAUGAAUCCCAAAUCUGCAGAAAGACUACUCUCUGCCUUACAACCACUGCUAAAGCUUAGCCCAUUCUUAAAAGAUACGCUUAUUUUAAACCUGAGAAAAGCCAUGUUUUCAAGACCUUUAGAUUCACGCAAGAUAGGUGCAUUAGGAUUUCUCAUGAUUUUGAAACAUUGUCGUGUCGUUGGAGCACUUCCAUCUAGUCAGAUAAGUCAGCCAAUCUCAUUGAGUCAAAUACAGGCAGAUGUCCAUUCAAGUUAUAGCCCUGCCAGCAAUGAAGCCUUGUGUUUGGAGAUCAUUGGUAACCUCUCCAGAUGUUUGACUCAACAUGUGGAUGUCCGGUUAAAUAUAUAUCAGGGUCUGUGUGAAGUUCUGCAUAGGAAUUCUGAGUUGAUGAAUCCAGUGCUGGACUUGUUGUUUUUUCAGCUGAAGAAAUAUUAUGAAUUCAAUGAAGAUGUAAAGCCACCACUACGAUUAGAACCCCCCUGCAUUAUUACCCAUGGAGACAAAGUUUAUUUAGCAGAGCCUUUGGCCCAUUUGGUUGGCUGUGCUCAACAAUGCCUUAGAAAGUCUCAGGACAUCCAGAGCCAAAAGAAGUCAACUGAAACUGAAGAUGAUGACCAAGAUGGCUGUGAGGAGACAUUCCAGAAACUUCAAAACUUGUUAGUUACUUUGACUAAGAGAGUUAUUGAAGCAGAAAUGGAAGAUUUUGAAUUGGACAAGAGUGCUGAUUUUUCACUAGCCACAGGUGUAGGUGUUAAAAAUAAUAUCAAUGCAAUAUUGCUUUUAGGACUUUAUGAAGUUUUAAUGGAAUUUACCUUUGAAAUGGGAAAAUACAGCAUUGAAAGUUGCAAGGAAGUGCUUCAGCUUUUCACCAAGCAUGCUCAACUUAGUACAGUAGUGAAAGAAAAGUCUGCAGCAUCUUCUGGCAAGAAAAACAAAACUUCCACAACCAAAACACCAAACAGUCUUAUAGCUUUAAAAGCAGUGGAGAAGUUUCUCACUGUCAUUAUAUGUGAUGAGAGACCAGAACUGGAAGAAAAUGGAAUAGAUCAGCUGAUACAGAACAAAGAUUUCCUGACCUAUAUAUUAAGUAUUGCUGUUCAAAAGCUAGGCCAAGUGGCAAGUAAGGGAACAUGUGAGGGAGAAACUCAAAGCAAAGAAAAACUUUUAAAAGUGUGUUUUAAUAUUGGAAGACUACUUUACAUCAGUUAUAUUGAUAACCAACAAAAAGGAGAUAGCACAGAUCAAAAAGACAGAAAAUUAAACAGCCAAAUAUUAGAAGGAUUGAACUUGGUUAUUGAAAUGGCUUGUAAAAAUGGGCAGAAUGCAGUUCUUCAGUGUUUGUCCAGUUUAGAGAAGGAAACAGAAAUGAAAGGACGCUUAAGGACAUCACAAAAAAAUGAAAAGAUUCACAAUCACAUUAAGAAGUUUCAGAGAUUGGUGGUCACUAUUUUAAAUGAAAAUAAAGACUCACAGAAUCUGAAGGAGGUCUUCACAUUAUUCUCUAUCAUUGCUCAUUUAGUUCAUCAUCUGCCAAGUCAUGGGGAGGAAUACCAACAGACAUUUAACUGGCUUCAAAAAGUUGCUAUUGAGCACCCCAUAGAUGAUGCAGCUACCUGUCGUCAUUUAAUUUCUUUAAUGUUGCAACUCUCCAAACAGACUAAGUCUUUACCACAAAUAUUGUUAAGUCUUUGUCAAGAUAUUCACAGUCAAUUAGGGGAUAUUGAUCAGGAUUGUGAAGUUGAACAGAAUACUCAUUUCGCAGUAACUAAAGCCAACAUUUGUCCCAUCUCUGGCAUACUGACUUUGACCUUGACAUAUCUGGAAGCUGAUUUAGAUGACAUUGACAGUGUUAUUAAAUGUCACAAGGCAAAUAUGUUGGCUGCUAACACCUGUGUAGAGGAAGAAACAGCAACCCAAGUUGAAACAUUGGACAGAUCUAUCUGCAUUAGACUUGGGCUGUUAAUCAACAGUUUCAUUGAGCUGACACACUCUGCAGUGACUACCAGCCCAUGUAUACAUGCCAUGUUAAAGACUGUGACAAAACUCUUCAAUGUUCUCACUUCACUUACCAAACAUUAUAUUAGCUUGUAUACCAACAAAGCCGGCCAUCUUGGUAGUAGGUUUGAAAAAUUAGUUCAACUUGUGAGUCAGCAACUUACACCCCAGACUUACAACAUGAUCAUCUAUGUCCAGCUUUUAGAAUCAGAUGUCUCUGAAGAGAGUGAGAAAAAAGGAAAGAAAAAAAAUAUAACACAUCAGAAAGGAAUAAUAAAAGCCAUGAAACAAGGGAAAAUGGUACCCAGUCUCAUUUGCACUAUAGAGCUACUGGAAAAAUUCUUAAUUCAACUGAGCAAAAAGUCCAAGAGAAUUUUAAAAGAUCAACAUCUCGAGAUUUUCGCAUCAAUACAGAAACUGUGCAUACAGCAGUUGAGCAGGGAAUUUCUGAUGACAGUGAAACUGAGGAAAAUAAUUCUAAAGAGCCAGAAGAAAAUGAAGUUCAGGAGUCAAAUGAUGAUGAUGAUGAAGAAAACAAGAGACCAGUUGAAGAAGAGAAAAGUGAACAUCAACCACCACAGAAAAAGAAAAAGACAACCAGAAACAUUUAGCUAUAGCUCAUUUUUUUUUUUACUCUCUUCUGACUUUAUUGUUGGGUCUGUUCCAUCACAUCCAGUCAAUAAAGGAAUAAUAUCUAUGAUGUCAGACAACAAUAAAGACCCAUUUCUGUAGAAGAAGAUCUCACUACCAUGAACACUCUAGGGCUAGGGGACAUGAUGCCAGUAAAAUGAGAAAAUAGAGUGGAAGAGAGUCCAAAGUUUGUUUUGCUCCCUAUUCAAUAGAGAACAAAGUUAAGAUUAGCGAUGGAGAUAAAAGGAAUCUCUAAAACAAUAAUUCUUAUCAAAAUCCAACAAUCUCUAUUCAAAAUAUUAAUCUAAGAAGUAACAUGACAACUAUUUGAACCAAAGAGUGAAGGUCACGUGAGGACAGUUUUCAACAUUAGAGUUACAGUACUAGUCCUCGGUGGAAUCAAGGAGUCAUUAAAGAAUCAUUCUGGAAGAUCAAAUCAAUACAAGCACUGAACAGCAGAUAAUGAUGCAGAGAAUUUCCUGGUGAUCAAGAAUUAGGAGCUGCACACAGUUUAAUGAAACCAUAUUUUAGGAACAGAUAGAAAACAAAGAACUGCAGCAAAGAUGGCCUGUUUUUAUUCUUCUUCAU